UCGAAGAAGCACCACUGUCCCAGGAAGCGGGUACAAUAACAACGUGGUUUCAUCGCAUUUGCCGGUGUACACAUACGUGUUAUCAAAGCUGUUUACUGUUUUUUGUUUCUGCAAUGAAGCACACAGAGGCAAAGCAGCAGCAUCCUGCCCUCUAUCUGGAAGUUUGCUGCCAACAUGAGGAGCCACGUCUCCCGCUGCACACCUCCAUAGCCUUGUUUCUGCUCUCCUACUGCGAGUGCAAGUCUUUUUUCAAAGUGUUUCUGGUCUGCGCCAAAUCUGUCAGCUCUGUGUCACUGAAGAGCCAGUUACCAGAGACUUUGGAUGUGUCUGACAUUCAGGUGGAGGAUCUACCCCGGCUGGUGAGGGGCUGCCGUCUCCCUGCUGUGUUGGAUGAGACUGGGAGUCUGUGCAGGGCAGGACUGGCGGUGGUCCUGAGACACAUCAUCAACAAGACCCUGGAGGCUGACCCUUCGAGAAAUGAUGUUUUGGCACUGCUGGGGUUCAAGAAGACCUGUUUGAAAGCAUGUGCUGAGGUAAGCAAGUGGACCCGCCUGUGUGAAAUCGGCAUCCCCUCUGCUGUUGAAGAACACCUCAAAAAUCCCUCAAAUCAACUCCAGCAGCCACCUCUCCCUAUCCUCACCUUAGAGCGUAGGCUAGCAGAGCCUGUCAAAGUCCACAAUGAUGACAAAAUACGCCGACAGAAGCUCCAAGAGCAGAGACGGGACGAAAAAAAGACAGAGUCCAAAGAAGGCCAAGGGGACCCAGAACAUGAGUCUGAACCAGGACAGUCACCUCAGGUCCAUGAUGGACUUGAGCUCAGGGCGGCUCUGGCUAAACUGUCUGUGGAUUCAGUUCCCACUUCGACCACCAGAGAGAACUCUGAGAUCAGGAAAGUGAAGACAACAGACCUGCCCCCGCUGGAGCAUGUGUUUGCUGAAGGACUUUACUUCACUCUAACUGAUGUGGUGCUGCUGCCAUGCAUCUAUCACUACUUGAGUUCCCUCCAUACCCAUGCUGCAAACACUCUGCAUCAGCUUCCACACCUGCUGCGCUGGUACAGCCGUGUCCAGGAGGUUCCUGGGGUCCUCCGGGCAGCCAAGGCAUGUGGUGUGACUCUGACCAUCCCCCAAGUGCCCCCAUCCAGCAUCCCAGUGCUGUCAGCAGAGGACGACCCAGCUCAUCCACUGGAGCAAGAAGAAAGCCUGGCGAUGACCUCACAGCUUCCCUUUGUCGGCGGUCCAAGGCCUACAUUGACUAAACUCAAAGAAAAUGGCAUCGAGGCAGUGUUCGCUCCUCAUCCUUGCCCUGCCUGGACCCUUCCAUGGGAGAGUUUACCCACAGCUAUCAACCCUACUGAAGGGAAAAUGUCAAACAUCCGUGCUGUCAGAAAGAGGCAACAGCUGAAUAACUUGGUCGCCAUGGUUACAGAGCUAGCCAGGCCGGGCUCCACCAUCGUGGAUUUCUGCAGUGGAACGGGACAUGUAGGAAUCGUUCUGGCUCACACACUACCAGACUGCCAGGUCGUCCUCAUCGAGAACAAAGAAGAGUCUCUGGUCAGGGCGCAGAGUCGAAGUGCUGAGCUCGGUCUGCAAAACAUCGGCUUCAUUCAGGCCAAUCUGGACUACUUCACUGGACCAUUUCAUAUCGGGGUUGCCCUUCAUGCAUGCGGCGUAGCCACAGAUAUGGUGGCGGAGCAUUGCAUCCAGGCAGGAGCCGCCUUUGUCAUCAGUCCUUGUUGCUACGGCUUUAUCCAGAACGCAAUCAAGUUCACCUUCCCCAAGAGCAAAAGGUUCCAAGAGACGCUAUCUUAUAAGGAACACAUGAUCCUCUGUCGCUUUGCAGACCAGACUGCUGUCCAGCUCCCUCCUGACAGGAGACUCAUAGGUAAACAGUGUAUGGGCCUGGUAGACCUGGACCGCUCUUUGGCAGCAGAGGCUCAUGGGUACUCAGUGCGGGUGAUGACUAUGGAACCUGAGAGCUGUUCACCGAAGAACAACAUGCUGGUGGGAAGGCCGCCGCAGGAGAGGAGCGGACUGGACGUGGACGCGGGCCAGCUGGAAGAAGUGGUGCAUAAUUGAGACUGUGAGGAGCACAACAUGAGCGGUGUGGCUCCUGGCUUUGUCAUGACGCUGCAGAGAAAACAAUUUUUUAUCCACUCUUAACAUUUUAUCUUUUUUUUAUUUUUUUUAAAGACAUCUCAUGUGAGAUUAAAACAGAUGUUUGGGUGAUAUUUCUGGACUGGCAAAAGUCAUCUUCUGAAAUCUUGAGCUGGAAAGUGCAGGAGUGUAGAAAGAUUCCAUGACUUAAUAAAAAACCUACUAAAUCAUCGGAUGCUUAACUAUCAUAAAAAGAGCUCAAGCCUCUCACCAACUGCGACGGUAUGUUUGUGCAUUUGCCAGACAUGUGCGAUCAAGCUGUCAGCAUAAACAGAAGCAGCAGGAAUUACACACCCACAUUGCAAAUUAACUGCAGCAUACUUCCACAUGCUGUUUUUUGCAGAUAGUCUGGAUGUGGCCUUCUGUGAUAGAUCCCAGCAGACAGCACGCACAGUUGUCAGGUAUAUACAGAAGAACAGUGGCUAAAAAAACUCAUCUGCACUUAAAGAUGAGAUGGGGAUUUAUCAUUAUCUACCUCUUGUGUGUGUGCGAGAGAGACUCAAGGAAAGAAAGGGAGGGGGGGUAUUGAAAGAGGGGAAUUGGAUUUAAAGUCAUGAUACCAGGUAUAAUUUAGCAUUUUUCAUGGUUCUACACAGAAAGUGAUUAUUCCUCAUAAAGAAUGUAUGGGAAUACGGUAUGUAUCCCGUAAUGUGUUCAGCAGCAAUGAAUAUUUUAUGAUGCUGGCAAAAAGGUCAGUGCGCUUGAUUAGAUGCGUACCGCUCAGAGCCUGGCAGCUGAAAAUCACACAAUACGCUCUGUAUUUCCAAUCAUGUAUACUUUAGACAUACUACAGCCCCUUAAGCUUCCGUUCCCCCGCUGAAGCUGCUCAUCUGUUUCUCUGAAGUAGCCUGUCUUGGCGUCUUUGACAGUGUAUUGCCGUUGAAUGAGAAAUAUCGAGAAGUAGCAGGAGAGAAGGUUUUCCCGCUCACACGGAAGCAGAAGACAAGAGAGGUUCAGGGGUUUUAUUUUUUUUUCUCUCUCCAGCGUCAAACUCAUCUAAAUUCAGUCAGCGGAGUCAAUCUAUCCCGAGGUGAAUGGCCACAGACACAGCUCCUUCCAACGACUGGAGUUAUUUCAAAAGGAGAUGGUUUGACUCCCUGUACGUGCUUGUGGCGCUGCACAACUUCACAUUACAGAAAUGCAUAUGGGAACAAAAAAGCUGAGAAGAAGUGAGUAGGUGGCUCUACUUAGAGCUGCACGAGAGAGAGAGAGAGAGUGAGCAGAAUGCUGAAAUGGGUCGAUUGAACUAAAAACACCCGCGGGUGGAAGGUGACUAGACAAGAUUCUUUGUUUACAUACUUUUCUGUGAGAUAUGUGAGCGUCUAUAAGAACAGAAUGUUUAUUUACUAAAGAUCUGCUUCGUAAAGCCGUUCUGUAAAUAGAGCGCAGGGGAAGUGAUACACUCAGCUGAAUCUAUCUGUGUUGUUUAUUUAACUGAUUGUCAAUGUUCUGCAAAUGAGGUUGGAGAGUCAAAAUAUACAGAGAGAUGGAAAAAAACAUCAAACUGACUUUGAUAGAAAAGGUGACAAGCAGUGAUC